UUCUUCUGCUUUCCCUCCGUUGUGCCCUCCACCUUCCUCUCUUUCUCUCCAUACAUUUCUACCUCUUCUAAUUCUAAGCUGCAAAUUCAGCUAGGGUUUUGAUUUUUUUCACAAUGAGAAAGCCUUGCUGUGACAAGGAAGACACCAACAAAGGCGCCUGGUCUAAGCAAGAAGACCAGAAGCUCAUUGAUUAUAUUCGAAAACAUGGCGAAGGUUGCUGGCGUACUCUCCCUCAAGCUGCAGGCCUACUUCGCUGUGGGAAAAGUUGUCGACUGAGAUGGAUAAAUUAUCUUCGACCAGACCUUAAAAGAGGCAACUUUGCUGAAGAUGAAGAAGAUCUCAUCAUCAAACUUCACGCACUUCUAGGCAAUAGGUGGUCACUGAUAGCUGGAAGAUUGCCUGGGCGCACAGACAAUGAAGUAAAGAACUAUUGGAAUUCCCAUUUAAGGAGGAAGCUUUUAAACAUGGGGAUUGAUCCGAAUAACCAUAGAUUAAACCAUAGUCUUCCUCGCCCUGCUCAUAAAAACCCAGAAAACUCAGCCAGCACAGCUUCAACAUCUUCUUUAAUGAAUAAUCAGUUAGUUUCUGAUGCCGGAAGUUACAUGGAAGAUAAAUCGCCAAGUGGAUUAGCAACGUUGCCUAAUUUGAACCUCGAUCUCUCUAUGGGUUUUCCUUCAUCUUCAUCACUUGGUGUUAAUGAAGAUGAAGAUAAGGAGAAAAAGCUUAAUAUUCAACCUAAUUUAAGCCAACAGCAAGAACUGGUCGCCCCUUCUGCUGCAGCCACGCUUGUUCUCUUCCGAUAAUUAAUCAAAUUCAAUAUUAUUCAACGCAGAAGUUGAAGCCAGCCAGGCCGAAAAUGGGAUUCAUUAGGGUCUCAUUUUGUACAAAUUGAUUGUUUGAAAUCCCUUUUCUUGGAGUUCGAGCAAAAGGGUGACAGAAAGAACAAGUCAGCGUGCAGAGAAUGGAGAUUUCACUGUAAAUUUUAAAGGCAAUUGCCUUACAUAUGUAUAAUUGUAACAUUGUUACAUAUGAAUGUAUUGUGUUCUUUUCAGUUUUUA